AUGCACUCUCGCAGGGGCACGGACAUCGAUUUUGGGAAUGACCAACGUGCCUAUUUUCAGGCGCUGUACCAUGAUAUACUAGACAGCCGAGCAUCACAGUACGACAAUAUAUUUAUUGCUCCAUCCAUUGAAACACCAAUUGCAGAUACCCAAUUAGCGGUCUCAAGCGUGAUAGAACCGAUUGUGGAUCAAGAAUCCAAGGACUCGAACAUGACCGGCGUUCUCGAGGGUUUCCCAUCCGAGACCGACUGGUCUAGAGAACAUUUUGCUGGCUUUUCACUGCUUCAACCCAAUAUCAUACCGUCGCGAACAGACUUCGUGCAUGGCCUGAUCAGUGAACAAAUCAGCCCUCCACCAUUAUCCUUGUCUUCCUCUUCUGCAUCCGAGAAAGAAACACCACCCGUCCCUUCUAACAUCUUGGACUUGCGCAAAAUCCGGUCUAAUCCACCACAAGGUACCCCCUCCCAGCGCAAACCGAGACGUUCAUCCAGUGUGCGAUCCAGCGGCCAGGCUCGGGGGUCAUCAAGAGUUAGCAAGGGUUCUGUGAGCAGACCACGCGCGAGAGAUCUUCCGAAGACUGCAUCUCACCCUAAUCAACAUGUACGUGCUGAGGAAAGGACACAGCCUGGCAUCCUAAAAACCAUAUUCAUCACUCGGAAGUCAUCCUCAUCGGAAUCGUUUUCGGGAAUUACUUACACACCCAUCCCCCUGUUAACCCUCAACCCCGCGGACCUGAUUGCAUCUCUCUGUCGAACCUUUUCGAUAGACCCUGGUUCUAUUGGCGCAGUAUCAAUGUGGCACGAUCCUCAGAACGGUCGACAUGGUAUAGUUGACGAGACAUUUCUAACGAAUCUGGUCAGUGAUCAGGAUAUUGUCCUUGAUCUGUGCAAUAUCCAUGAAAAUCCUGAUAUCAAUGCCACCGGGACCGAUCUACGAGAACCAAAUGAUUUCAUCCUGCUUGAAAUUUGA